AGAGCUUGCUUAAGCAUGUUAGAAAAUGUUAUUUUAUGCUUAGAAUGUUCAAGUAUGAUGCUAUUCAGUUUUUGAGAUUUGAGAUCUGUCCCCUAGGUAGUUUACACUGGGGACGAGAGUUUGGCACGCAUUUUAAUACUCUUAGAAAAUAUAUUUCCGUAAUUUAUUUUUUAUUUUUUUUCUUUCGAAUAAAAAUUUGAUAUUUGAAUUUUUAUACUUAAAAAAAAUCUCAAAAAUAAGUUACGGAACUAUGUUCUAUAAGAGCCUUGAAAUGCGUGUCGAGCAGUGAAAAAAAACUGUAAUGAAAUGAGGGGGACAGAGGGAAGUAUUUGUGUAUCCUUACAGCCUAAUUCAAGGGAAUGGCUACCAAUAAUAAUUUUUUUCUGCCUCCUGAUCCUUCUAUUGAGGACUAGCCGCAAAGUUUGAUCAUUCUUAAGAUAGAUAUUCUCGAUCCAAGGCUAGCUCAAGCUGGUGUAGUAUGUAAAUUUUUACAUGCUGACAUCUCUGAGUUAUUAUAUUCCAAAAUUAGCACAGCGAAACCAUAGUCAAACUAAGCUGACACGCCCUACUGCGCGCAUAUAUUUGUUGUUUACUUGGUUAUCUUGAUAAAAAAGAAAAUCGGCUAUGUUAUCUUCUACUAAUUGCCUUAUAGUAUCAAACUUGAGCCGGUGAUGGCAUAUGCUAUCUUAUUGUGAUUUACAUUUAGAAAGCACAUCGGGCCAUACUAGUUUCGAGGUUUUAUUAAUCAAAAAUGUUUAUAAUCGAAAGUAAGGGAGGCGCUAUUGCCUGUAUGAUUCUUGCCCUUCUCUUUUUGGGUACUUGGCCAGCAAUUCUGACUGUCCUGGAGCGACGAGGCCGUCUUCCUCAGCAUACUUACCUCGAUUAUUCAAUCACCAAUUUCUUGGUGGUUAUAACUAUUGCUCUCACACUUGGACAGAUUGGAGAUAGCAGACAGAACAUGCCAGAUUUUCUCACUCAACUUUCUCAGGACAAUUGGCCAUGUGUUUUGAUGGCAAUGGCUGGUGGAAUAUUUCUAAGCUUAGGGAACCUAUCUACACAAUAUGCUUGGGCUUUUGUAGGACUGUCAGUGACUGAAGUGAUCACAUCUAGCAUAGCCGUUGUUAUUGGCACAACAUUGAACUAUUUUCUGGACGAUCGAAUUAACAAAGCUGGAAUUCUUUUCCCUGGUGUUGGGUGCUUCCUUAUUGCCAUUUUCCUAGGAUCUGCUGUACAUUCCUCCAAUUCGGCAGAUAAUGCUGCAAAACUUGAACGCUUGUCUUAUGGCCACCCAGAAGGAGCAGGGGCAGUACAGAUGUCAAGUCAUAAAAACACACAUUCACUUAAAGAUGGUGUAAAAGACCUUGAAAAUGGAAUCGGAGAAGGGGGAAAAACGAAAGCCGGAACUGCAGACUUCUUAAUAGAGCUCGAAAACACAAGAUCAAUAAAGGUAUAUGGUAAAAGCAUAAUGAUAGGUUUGGUCAUAACCUUGUUUGCGGGCUGUUGUUUCUCUUUAUUUUCACCUGCCUUCAACUUGGCUACAAAUGAUCAGUGGAACACUAUGAAGAGCGGGGUUCCUCAUUUGGUGGUGUACACCGCAUACUUUUACUUCUCGCUCUCUUCAUUCACGGUAGCAAUGGUUCUAAAUAUCAUAUUCCUUUACCGACCUAUUCUUAAGUCGCCAAAAUCAUCCAUGGCAAAGUAUCUAAAUGACUGGAAUGGAAGAUACUGGGCUUUUUUUGCUGGCAUCUUGUGUGGUCUCGGGAAUGGUCUUCAAUUCAUGGGAGGUCAAGCAGCAGGUUAUGCUGCAGCUGAUGCUGUUCAGGCACUUCCACUUGUGAGCACCUUCUGGGGUAUACUGUUCUUUGGAGAAUACAGGAGAUCAACAAAAAGAACCUAUGUUUUACUGGUGAGCAUGUUGGUCAUGUUCAUUGUUGCAGUGUCGGUGCUCAUUGCAUCAUCAGGGCAUCGAAAGACCUAAUAUUUUCUUGUAUUUGCAAAACUAAGGAAUUUUUAUGUUGCUCUAGCAAGUUGAAAGCUCUGUAUGUUCAGGGAUCCCAAAAAACUCGCUAGAAGGAGGGGUCGAACCUCCGACCUUGUGGUUAACAGCCACACGCUCUAACCAACUGAGCUAUUCCAGCAGAUGGCUUCUGACAGCACAUUUUAUUAUUUCAUUAAACUAGAAAAAAGUAUCGCACUAAUUAAACUUGAUUGUCUUGGAUAUAGUACAUUAGCGAUCUACUUAAUAGUUUAUUGAGUGUAUUAUUCUUCUGACAAAGCUUAAUAUUU